AAUAUGCAACGGUCAUGCUCUUUUUCCAGGCGUUCUCAGUAACCUUUCACCAGACCCACGCUUUCCCAACACCAACCGAGUCAAAAGACAAAGCCUUGUCCAACCGACAAUUAUCAGCGGAAAGACCAUUAAAGGAACAGAUUGCAGAAGCGGAUCAAGUCAGCCAGUCGUCACCUGUGGAAAACAAGAUCGCAUUGCAGAACGACUCUGACACACAAGACUUCAUUCUACUCAAAUCCCUGGCCGAGAGAGAAAGAAGUCAGAAAGAUAACGAUUCCAAAAGAAACUCUCCGGGCGACCCCUCGCCUCCCUCCAACGCGGCCGACACAACCAAACGCCGAAGAUUAGCCGAAGAUUAUGACGAUUCCACCAAAAACGGAAAGGAUAAUAAAUAUGAAGAUGAUCCAGACGGGCUUCACCAGCUGGACGGAACGCCUUUAACAGCUGAAGACAUCGUCCAGAAGAUCGCCAACAGGAUCUAUGAAGAAAAUGACAGAGGAGUGUUUGACAAGAUCGUUACCAGGCUUCUCAACCUGGGAUUGAUAACAGAGAGCCAGGCUUACAAUCUGGAGGAUGAAGUAGCUGAUGCAUUGCAGCAACUUAUUGUGAACCAAGCUAGCAAGAAUGAAGUGGAGAUGGAAAGCAUCAACUACCCUCCAAUGAAAACCGACAAAGACAUGGAUGAAAGGGGAGACAAGAAAAUGGUGAUGGAAAAACCUAAGAAGAAUGAUGGUGACCUCACAGAACAGGGGGGCAUGGAUGAUACUGUGGAUAACAGAUGGGUCACAACAAAUGAUAUGGAUCAAAGAAGUGACCUGCCCACCGACUAUGAUAUGGAUGACCUUCAGUACUUUCCAAACUUCUACAAACUAUUGAAGAGCUUGAAUAGAGCACAAGACGCGAAGGAGCGGGAAACCCUACUAACUAUCAUGAAGACUCUGAUUGAUUUUGUGAAGAUGAUGGUCAAAUAUGGAACGAUAUCACCUGAAGAAGGAGUUGCAUACUUGGAGAACCUGGAUACAAUGAUAGCUGUUCAAACAAAGAAUCAGCUGAGUAAACCCAAGGUCUUUGCCAUGAACCAGGAAACAGCAGAUAGCGUCGAUGACAUGGAUAGCACGAAGGGCAGUUUGGGGAAGGCAGGGAAGGUGGGAAGGGCUGAUGACUCCACAAAAGAAGAGGAAGAUAAAGCGGAACAGUCUAAAGCAGCUUUGGACAAAACGGAGUCUUACCUGUCAGCAAUACGAAAGAAUAUCGAGUGGCUGAAGAAGCACGAUAAGCAAGACAACAGAGAAGGUUUGGACAUUCAGAAACUGCGCGAUAUCAUCGAUCAGGAAGUCGACACUUACGUGCAGAAGGGAAUCUUGGAGAAAGAAGAGGGAGAUGUCAUCAAACGUAUUUACAACAGCCUGUGACAUUUCCCAUCGUACAACAACAACAACAACAAAAAGGGAGCUCGAUUUCAGACCAUGGAACUAACGAUGGCUUACACUACAACUUCUCUUCUCUUUCUUAUUAGGCUGUGUAUGAUAGACUCACCCAGGCUACAGUGCAGUCUCGAGCAGGUUCUGGGGUGGAAAAAGGGGGUGGUCGGUGAACUCCACUAAGAGGCAAUAACCCGUGUUCUAAUAGAAAGGCGGAACAGGCUUGAGAGGCUGAAUGGCCUACUCCUGUUCCUAUGUUGCUAUGUUCCUACAACCCAAGUGCUUGGAACUAAUGCGCGGGACCCCCUUACCCAAAACCCAAACCCUGCUGGACGCUGCACCACAGGCUUUGGGCCGAUUGCAUGCUGCAAUUAGCUUUUCACAUUCUGCUGUUAGAACGCAGGAGUAGCAGCGAUUAGUGCCCAACUAAGCCAAGCCCGUCAGCUCACACACUGUUAAAAACUCACCAUUAAACGUGAGGACCAACAGCUCCGAUUGAUCAGUUACGCACCAUCAUAGCUCUCUAGACAGUCGCUCAGCGGUCGUUGCAGAGAGAGGUGUUGAGGGCGGGGCUGGGCAGUGGGAGGGGGGUGAUGGGGCUUUGGAAAUCCGAUGGCCAAUUGCACAAUGGUACCCGUACUUGCUCUCCUGACCCCCGCUUCUUAUUUACGUUCCACUCCAAUCUAUCCUUCCUAAAACCCCGGGAAACCCUUGCGGCGCUAAUUCAUUUGAUUCGUUCCGGAUCGAGCAUUUGAGAUCAACCUUUCACAGCGAUUUAAAAUGAAUGGCCCGUGAGACGCAAAGAAAAUUAACGCCAAACAAGAAACGAUUUGCGGGAGGAAGCCUUUCUUUUUCCAACAUCCCCUUUCUUCCCACCCAAACAGUUUUAUAAAAAUAAACCUUCAGUGCCCGCCCGCCAAUGGCUUGCACUGAAUAGCUCGGCUAGUAUUCUUUUUUGUCUGUUUGUUUCUUUGUUUAGAUCAAAAGCUGCCUAUUCUUUUGGCCAAAUUCAAGGCAUUGCAGACAGAGGAUUCGUGGCUCCACUUCUUAGGGAGGAAAUUCCGUACGAGUCUAGAUUUACUCUAGACUAAAGGCUGUGCGUAAUCGACUAUCUUAGCACUUCAGAGCUCCCAAUUCGGCCAAGUGUUGAGCUCAGUCCCAGCUUUGAAGACAGUUUUCUCUUAGCACCUAAACGAAACUUGCAGAGCAAAAUAAAUGGCUUGAAAAAUUAACAUUGUAUUUAAAAAUUUGCCAAAUUCUGGACGCUCUGAAAUCUGGGAAUCUCUCCCCCUCUUGGAGGUAUGAUUUUGCCCACGUCGCCACGUUACAAUUUCAAACGCAUAGAAGUGCUCCACAGCAAUAGUUUGCAGAGCGACGAAAGGAAAAUAAAAAUCCACUUGUUUGAGGCAGCAAUAGCAGCGGAAAUGGAUAUCUGACUACAUUCCUUAUUGCGUUGUGUACGAAAUCCUGUGGUGCCCUUUGUGUCUGUCUGUGUGUAAAUGACUCCCGAUUCAAUGUGUUGUCAGUAAAGUGCAAAAGAC